AUGUGCGCGCGUGAAAGGAGACAACGUGCGAGUGAAUAUCCCGCGCACGUGAAUUUCGUCCGCCUACGCCCAUACUCACAUGCAAAUCUUCCAAAAGUUUCCACAUGGCUGCCUAAUCUUUCACACAGUACCAUUCAAUCUCGAGAACCUCACGUCUCGCAAACGGCGACAGCUCCAAGCUAUGACGCUAGUCUCGAUGGUCACGCGACGUUGACCAAUGAGGAAGCUGCCAGGUCCCUUAUUCAGCGCGGCUUCAACAGCGACUUGAAGCGACGACAACGACGUCCAGUACACCAACAUGGUCGACGUCUUGCACACUUGACGGCGGCGAACAUUUGCAACUUCAAUAUCGUUCUCCUGACCUUGCAAGACUUCAACAAGCACUCAAGACCCCUCGGGCGUCAUCCGCCACCACUUCACGUCGCUGCAACCAACCUCAUCACCACUGCGGCGUCCAACAUGGAGGUUCCUAUACCACCCACCAGCCCACAGCACCAGCCUGCGGGCACCCUCGCUGGACUCGCUCCUAUGAUUACUCCAUCGAACGCCCGAGAGACAAUCAAGGCUGGACUUGUCACUGGCUUUUCAUUCGGUCAUAUCAAGCAGAGCCUUCGCACGACCGCAAUCAGUGUCUUCACCCACCAGAAGCUGGCGCCCCGCUACCAGUAUCGCGUUCGAGAUGGAGCAAACAAUUUGGUCUUCUUUCUCUGCGCCGUCCAAGCCUACCAAGCCCCUGGAAACGACGACCAGCUUCCGAGAAUCGGUGAAGUGCAGAUGUUGCCACUGGGAAAUUGGGAGAGCCUCUAUCUCGCGCUGGUAGCUGAGAUCCGCGCCGUGUAUUCGGACAUCAAGCUGCAUUUCAACACCGAGCGUGAGGGUGGUGCGCGCGUUCUUCACAUGCGCGGCGGUGAUGGCAAAGAAGAGCAGAAGCCAUUCACAGCUCUCAACUUUGGUCACCAGCUCGAGGAAAUGUGGCAUUUGCUCAUGGACGCGCGCCUCCUGGGUCCACUUGAGGAAGCCGUUCGCAUGGAGAACGCAACUGAGCCGUAUCGUGCAAAGUUUGGCACUUCCACCUUUCGCCAGCGGUUCCAGGAUCACUUUCACAGGCUCGCGAAGAAGGACAUGGAUGCGAAACUCGACGCGACCGAGGGCAUCAUCAAUCAAGAUUAUUACACCUCAGACGAGAUCAUUGACCAGCUCUGGCACAAGCACGCAACUCUCGUGAGCCGCGCGUGUCGAGAGCACCUCCAUAUUGAGGUGGACCUACGAGCACGUCGCUCGCAGCUCCGUGAGGUGGCGAACAGUCCGCCACAAGCUGCUGCCAACCAAGACGAGCCAUUCUGCUUGUGUCAAGAUGGCUGUCGAUGCCGACCGGCUUGUCAGUUCGAGAUUGGCAUUUGCGCCUGCAAGGACCUGCGCAAACAGGCUGCUGCGGUCCAAAACAUAAGCAAGACGCGAAACGACAGCUUGAAUCAGGAGGCCUGGCCUCUCGUGCAGCCACAGUCACCACCAGCGGAGAUGCCAGCUGAGGUGCCAGACAAGUUGGCAGCAAACGAACCCGGCAGCAUCUCCGACGACAUGGCGAGAAUGCAGAUGGCAGGCAGUCCUGAGCCAGAUCAACGCCUCAUUCAGUCAUACAAGACCGCGAGUCAGGCUGCUAGAACUGCCAGUCGCCAGACGUUCAGCAACCGUCGUGGUAGGGCCGGAACUGAAGAUGGCGAUCUCGCGAAUGUGCCGUCUGUGCACUCAACCCGGGCCAGAGAGACUAUCCGCCUGGGCCUCUAUGGCGGGGAUUCUGUGCAACGCUAUCCAGACUUUCGUUCAAUGGCCACUCCGGCGCCAGAAUCUGGUUCGAAUUACACGACGAACCCGCCAGCUCGUAGGCCUGUCCCUGUCACCUCAGCCCCAGUCUCUUCUCCGCCGCAGCGUCCACAGGCGACGCAGCGUUCAGAGACCACAUCUCCCGACUACGCCCUGACAAUCACGUCGUCGAGCAGCCCGGAACCAGAAGCACCAUCGUCAUCGCGUCCAAGCAAUCGAUUCUUGCCGCAGUUCCUGAGACCCAAGCCCAAGGGUACGACCGGACAGAGCUCCACAGGUCCAGCUCAGGACAACACGCGUCAGUCGGACAACGAGUUCGACAAGUGGGACACCUCGCAUGUCAAGACGCCAAAGAUAUCGACUCAGGAGUGUAGGACUAAAGCUGGUGAGCGCUAUCAUUCUCCAAUGGGUCGUCAUUCAGCCGACUCGCCGGUGCUGCCUGACCGCAAGCCACCUCCUGCGACAAUCCCGCGAUCGAACACGGCGGAUAGCACCCAGCUUCCGGUGCCAGACUUCAUCGCACCUCGCCCAGCACUGAAGCAGCGCUACGUGUCAGCCGGCGGUACUGCGAAGCUUGCUGACCGAGAAGAGAUCGAAGGCUUUAAGCUGCCGGAAGCUGCGGAUCCUGGUGUCUAUAUGAAGAAGGAUGAGUUGAUGAAGCGACUGGCGGACGGCGAGUUUGGCACGCCUCCUCGUUCCAGCACGAACACCGACAGUGUCCCGCGAUCCAGCUACGACACAGCAGUCGUGAGCAGCAACAGCAGCGCACGUGUUUCCGACGACGUUGGCAACGAGCAGGAGGGAGGCGGAAAGCGCGAUCGUACCACUAGCAAUACGAGCUCCAGAGGACUGAGGCGGCUGUUCAGCAGAAAUGACAGCAUUACGGAGACGGCAGCGCAGCAGCGAGCAGACCAGAGCAUUGAGCAUGAGCAUCGAACGACCACCGAGCACGACGAAACGAACCGAUUCGAAACCCGAUCGAUUUUGGAUCUGAAGUUGCUGGACGCAGGUCUUGGGAGGUGCAGCCAUGCGGUUGUGCUGUGA